AUGGGUAUGUACUCUGUGGCCACCGAGUUGUCUACCUUCAAAAAGACAAGUGCAAUCAAGGCAAGGGUGAUACGUACGUAUUUGGUUCCAUUACGGAAAGGAUCCAGUGAAAUAAAAAGCAAGGAGAUCGUAUUUCAUGACUCAGAGGGCACUGUCAUACAUGCUACUAUACCAAAAUCUCUUUUAGACAAAUUCAUUAACAGUUUUGAGGAAUGCAAAGUGUAUGCUGUGAAAAAUUUCUUUGUGGUCUCUAAUUAUUUGUUCUACAAGACCAGUUUGCAUGAAUAUAUGAUGCAGUUCAACCAUGACACAAUUUGGAAAGAAAUCAGGUCAGACAAUAUCCCUUGGCACAUGUACAGACUGAAGUCCUCUCCUUCUCUGAGAGGUAACCCAUCUUUAAAUGAGAAGGAGCUUAUUGACAUUAUUGGUCGAGUGGUUGAAAUUCAUGCACCGCAACAAAAGACCUUUGGUGGUCAUAAUGCCAAACUGAUUGACUUUGUUUUGGAGGAUUCACUGGGAAAUAGGAUAAGUUGUACCUUUUGGGAUGAUUAUGUGCCUAAAAUUGAGGCAUACUAUCAAUCUGAAUUGACUGAUCCUGUUGUAGUGCUGAUCCAGUUCUGUAGGAUAAAGUAUGGUGUUAGAGACGGUGAUGUCAAAAUUUGCUCCGCAUAUGAUGUUACACAAGCUCUGUUUGACCUGGAUAGUCAGGAAUUUAAAACAUUUAGAGAAAGUCUUAGAGACCCUGAGUAUCAAACACCCAUGCGAAGCAUAGCUUCAUUGUCAAGUCUCAGUUACAACAACACUUUUGAUGAGUCCACAAGUCAUGGCAUGGAUCUGGUCACAAUAACUGAACUAUAUGGCAUGGAUAAGAUUGGUGAAUUUUGGGUGGCUGCUAAGAUUAAUGGGAUCGAGACUCCCAAUGAUUGGUUCUAUCUCUCAUGUCCGCGUAAGGGUUGUAAUAAAAAAUUAAAGGUGUCUGAAGGUGUGUUAAAAUGUUUCAAAUGUAAUACUACAUGGGAGGAUGGGGUUCUAAGGUUUAAAGUUAAGUUAAGAGUUGUUGACAUGAAGGGUAAUGCUUCUUUCAUGCUUUGGGAUCGGGAAUGCUUUGAGCUUAUAGGUAUUGCAGCAAGUGACCUACAUGAGUUGCAUAAGGAUACAACUAAGCCUCCGAAGCAGAUACAAGACUUAGUGAAUAGGUGUAUGCUUUUCAGAAUUUCAGCAAAGACGGAGCAUAUUUCAAAACUUGAUAGUGCAUUUCCUGUUUUCAAAAUUAACACUGACCAACAACUGCUAAAACAACACUGUCCUGAAAUUCUUGGCAUUCCAGAAGAAGAGGUGAACACAAAAAUGCUAAGUCUAGAAGAUGAUGAAAUCCGUGAGGGAUUUCUGAGUGAUGAGGCAGAUAGCCCCAUUGCAACUCUUCCACCUUUCAGUGGUGAAGCAGCUGAUGGGUCUGUGAAGAGGUCUUUGAUCGAUGAGUUCUCCUCAACUCAAGGGUGCAAGAAGGUUAAGCAGCAUAGGGUCAAAGUAGAGAAGAUAGACUGA